AUGACCUCCUACAAAACUCUCAUUGCUGUUCUCUUCGUCACAAUUGCUGCAAUGUCCUCGGCUCAAAGUACAUCGGCGCCACCAACAGCACCUCCUGCAACUCAAUCACCAGCAACUCAACCACCAGCUACUCAACCACCAGCUACACAAGCAUCAAAUACUGCUGCUCCAUCUUUUCCUUCCUCUGGAGCUCCAUCGACGGGAGCCGUUCAAGCAAGCUCAACUGUUCCAAAUGUCGACCCCAACACUUCAAAUGCCCCAACUGGAAACAAUACUGUUGAAGCCACAACAAUCACAAUUGGAACCUCCACAAAAUCCGCACACGGAAUCUCCGCCUUCCUUUCUGUUGUUCCAAUCGCCAUCUCAAUGCUCAUCUAA